UAAAUAUUUAAGUCAAUUUCUCAUAGAUUCAUGGGAAUUCUUAAAAUACAAUUGUGUUCCUUAAUCCAGGACCAAUAUUCUCACCACUAGGUUGCCACACAUCUAUUUUACAUAGCAUCAUAGAGCUAAAAGUUAAAACGUGAAAUUAAUGAUUUCCUAUGGCAAAAAUCCAGUAGCUGGCUGGCUGGCUAGUCAGGCAAGAACCAUAUGAUCAGGACAGCAUGACUGCUAUCUUCCUGAUAUCCAUGCUUUUUGGCCUUCUGUGUGGGCAAGCAACAUCUUUUUGUAUUCCAACUGAGUAUAUGAUGCAUGUUGAAAGGCAAGAGUGUGAUUAUUGCUUAACCAUCAACACCACCAUCUGUGCCGGAUAUUGUAUGACACGGGAUAUCAAUGGCAAGCAGUUUCUUCCCAAAUAUGCUCUGUCCCAGGAUGUUUGUACAUAUGGAGACUUCAUAUACAAGACUGUAGAGAUACCAGGAUGCCCACGCCAUGUUAGUCCUUAUUUCUCCUUCCCUAUAGCUGUAAGCUGUAAGUGUGGCAAGUGCAAUACUGACUAUAGUGACUGUGUACAUGAGAUCAUCAAGACAAACUACUGUACCAAACCUCAGCAGUCCUAUUUGGUGGGAGUUUCUAUCUAACUUCAAUAGACUGUAACUUGCAAUGCAGUUAAAUGUG